GUAGCAAUCAGCUGUUCGGAAUUGUUUGUAUGCAGUAUUGCUAAAUUUCUUGUAAAAUGUAUAAAAUGCAUAUAACGUAAUAAUUUAUGCUGCGUGUAGUAUAUUCAACAAAAGCUGAAAAAUGGAUGUGAUUUUGCCAUAUAAUACACGAAACAGAGACCAUUUCUGUGAUUGUGCGUUAAAAAUUGGAUUUCAUGAAUUUGUUGCGCUCAAAUUUUUUUAUACAAUGAAAGACUCCGAUUUGGAUGUCUUUCAACUGAUGGCACGUGAGCGUUUGGAGUUAUUACUAUACGGUUGGGAGGUGUGCCAAACGCAUUGGGAUGAGUUAACAAAUAAGGACUUUGUGCCACCGUAUUUACGUACCGUUGUAAAACAAAUGAUGCAGUAUUCUUUAGAUAUUUGGUUUAGCAAUGAAUGGGAGGAGUGUAAACCACACUUCAAAGCUAUGCUUAUUGUUUGCAUUAGACGUGCUAAAGAAAUGCUAACGAAAAUAUAUGGCAAAGAUGUAUUCCAAUGGGAUUAUGUACUGCAAUUGGGUAUAAAACCUUGGGACAAACCAUAUUUAAAGCAGUUUAUAGCUUGUAAUAGCAAUCUAGAGAGAAGUUUGAAAACGUCAAGUGAGCAUGUCGAAGCGCCAUUAGAUGCUAAAGAUAUUGAACAUUUACAAAUGGAAGGUCCAGUAUUAAUAUUACUACGUCUUAUUAAGCUAUUUGACGCUGGAUUUCUCGAAGGCGCUCGUAAAUUGUCAAUACGUACUAUUGCUGCAUGGAAUCACACUUUUAAACAAUUAAAGCAGCAAACAAAAAAUGAACGCCCAGAAGUGAAUAUUCAGGACAAAAGAAGUUUAAUACUUAUUUGCCAUAUAUAUUUAAUGGCUAUAUAUGAAAUGGAUGACAUACGUGGAUUUGUCAUUGAUAAUGUGGUAAAUAACAUACGUUUUUACUAUCAAAACAUGAUGGAAACAGAAAGUGUAAAUGAAAGUCCAGAGGAGCAAAAAGAGUAUACAGCAGCUCGAUAUAUUGCCACAACCUGCAUUAAUCUGAAUAUUACUAGUAAUGAGUUCAUUGAUGCCUUCAUACAUGACUCGUACGAUGAAAAUUUCGUCAGCCUUUUUGGUGUUGUAUCACAAUCAUACAAGAGUUACCUACUAGGUAAUUUACUAAUGGAAAUGAAUAAGUUGAAUGAGGAUGAUUUCAAAAAGCGCAUUGAGGACUUCAAGCAUAUAAUACAUUUAUAUAUAAUUGAACGUGAGCGCAGUGAAAUAUUUAUGUUGGGUGAAUUGAAUAAGGCAGAAAUGAAGCGCCGUAGCCAUAGCAUAUUCAAGACUAAGGAAAAUAUGACAAAUUUUUGUUCAAAAAUGUGUAAAGGAAAUCGUUUAAGUAAUAUUGGCAGUAGUGAGCAUACAGAGGAAGGCGAGCAGAAAGUUGCCACGUUGGAAGAGAACAGUGAUCGACGUGUAGAUCCAGUUUUUCAACAUCUACCAAAUAAUGAGGAGGUACUCAAUUAUGUUUACGUUGUGCUGGUGAAAAGGACUCAUCGUGGCUGGUAUUUCGGUAAGCUCAUAGUCUUGCUGAAGAUUAUCGGAUUGCAGCUGAAUGCAAUAGAAACCUGGCGUUAUCAUCCUGGUUUAACACCAGAGUUUUUGCUUAAUCUCGAAGUUAAACUCUCCCGACACUUUGAAGAUCUGGCCAAUAUAUUCCAUGUACAUCUUUUUAUGGAACAAGAGUUCUGGUUAACUGGGUUUUAUCUGAAUCCAUGCAAAAAGUACUAUGAGAGCGUUAUACGAAGUGGCAUGCGUUCGAAUCGUCUCAGUCACCGUUUCGAAACUGGCGAAAACUAUGACGAUGAGGAAAGGUUUGAAACCAGAAAAGAUCGGCGCGAUAAGGGCGACAAAGGCGAAAAAGUGAAUGCCAUAAAUGCCAAGUAUGGACUGCUCAGCUCAACAAUAGAUGUAAAAGAAAUAUUGAAAUUAGCAAAUCACGAAGCACCCGAUGUUGAUUAUGAACAAUUAUUUAAAGCUUUGCAAGUUUUUAAAUUGCCUGAUAAUACGAUUAAAGACUUACUCACCGUCAUUUUUCUGCCACGAAAUAAGAGUUUCGCUUGGUCGCUGAAUUGGGUGGAAUUGCGUAAGCGUUGCAAGAGUUUGCUCAGGGAUGCCGAGCAAAAGCGCCGCUUCAUAGAGCUAAAUAUGGCUGAGGCUAAUGAUCGACUGAAAUUUUUGAAAGUUGAUUAUGAAAAAUAUAAACAUCGACCACAAUUGGAUUACGGCAGCAUCGAGCAGGGUUAUGAGAAUAAGAAUGCGCCGAAUUUCAGCAAGGACAGUAGCGAUGAGAAUGACGAUGAGGACUCGGAGGAUUUUGAGGCGGACUCGGACUUGGAUGACCCAGCCAAGCAUGAGCCAAAGAAAAACGAUCACUCAAAACUUUUCGACGAUUACUUCAUGAGUACACGGCGCACUAGAGCACGUGCAGCCGCCAUGAUUGCAAAUGUGUUGGAGAAGGAUGAAUUUCCAGACGUGGAAAUGAAGGAAGGCGAAUCAAAAAAGUCAACUGAUGGCACUGAAGAGGCGGUAAAAGUAGUUGGCAAUAAUACUGACACAACUACAAAAGAAUCUAAGCGUGAUUUUGAUGAAAUUCUACAAGAACGUACGGUCUUUGAUAACAGUACGAAUGGUUUUAAUCCAUUUCCGGAUAUAUGGAGUUUGAAUGGGCAAGAAUUAAAAGUCGUUGAGAAUAAGGUUCCACAUUUAGAGACCAGUGAUUUAUUUAGCAAGUCAGCAAAAUUGGAAAUAUUGAAAAAGAAAGCGAGCGAAUUGCUUAAUCAGCAGAAAUUAAAGAGCCAUGUAAUUGAAGUAGCGAUUAAGCAGGAGAUGGAAGAAAACCAGCAGCCCAAGGGUUGGCGAGAAGAUAAUUCGCGAAGAUCUUCUAAGGGCGAUGGAUCUAAUAAGAAACAAAAUCAAGAAAUCAGCGAUGCUGAAAUGCACGAUGAUGAGAGCGACGUUUCUACAACUGCACGCCGUGACAGUGACGAAAUAAAUGAUUUCAGCAAAGACGAGCAAGGUGAUGAUGACAAAGAGUCCAAAAGUCCCAAAAAGCCGAUGCAACAUGCAAAAACGUGUAUAAAAGUGGAAGGCAACAGCAGUGAAGGCGAUUUAGAAGCACAGGCGAGUGCCAUGAAAUACGAAAAAUUGCUAGAAAUGUUUACACAAAAGAAAUUGCGUGUACAUGUACGCAGACUCCGAGUGUCUGAUGUUCAAAAACUGCGACAACCAAGCGUUCGUUUGAAGCGCAUCGAUCUGCGAGCUGUGGCCGAACGUGUGUCCCAGCUGCGACGUGCCGAGCGGAAAGUGUACGUGGAUUCCGAUGACACAACCAAAUCGAGCGGCGGUAGUUCGUUUAUUGGUGAGCAUACCUUAUUAGAUACGCUCAAAAGUCGCUUAUACUCCUCUGAGUCGUCAACUGAUUCUGAGGAUUACAAACAAAAGCGUCGUAUAAACCGUCCGACACGUGGUAGACCUUCAGGCUCAGGAGUGCAUGCUCACUCCCAGCGUGACGAAACGAAAAGCUUAAAGGUGACGCCACGCAGUGCAAGUGGUUUGAAAUUUCGUAUUUCAAGCAAUGUUGCAACGACAAGUGCUUCAGCUGCUACAAGUACAAAGCCCUCUCCCUUGCCAAUUAUCGAUUACAUACAGAUAUCGUCCUCGUCAUCAUCGGAUGAAAUCGACCCUUACAGCCAUUUGGAGCCGGUGCAAGAGGAUCUUGUAAUGGAAGCUGAUCCACUCUAUGAGGAGGAAAUAGCUAUAUUUAGAUAUAGUCAAUGAAUUGAAAGUAGACGAUAAGUAUUUAUGAAAAAGGGUAUAUGCAUCAAUUUCAACAUUAUUUUAUUGUAAUAUAAGCUGUUUUGGCAAACAACAAACUAAGCUUCACAGUAUGUCAUUAUAAUUACUGUAUGAAUAAUAAAUUAUUUACGUUUUAUAAUGCA